AUGAGAAACUAUACAAUAACCACCUUCAUUCUGCUGGGACUGACAGAUGACCCUGAGCUGCAGGUUCUGAUUUUUAUCUUUCUAUGUCUCACCUACACGAUGAGUGUAACUGGGAACCUGACCAUCAUCACACUCACCUUUGUGGAUUCCCACCUGAAAACACCCAUGUACUUUUUCUUAAAAAAUUUCUCUUUCUUAGAAAUCUCAUUCACAACGGCCUGUGUUCCCAGAUAUUUGUAUAAUAUAGCAACAGGUGACAAUAUCAUCACAUAUAAUGCUUGUGUCGUCCAAGUGUUUUUUACUGACCUCUGUGCAGUAACAGAAUUUUUCCUCCUGGCCACCAUGUCCUAUGACCGCUACGUGGCCAUCUGCAAACCCCUGCAUUAUGUGGCCAUCAUGAGCAGCAGAGUCUGCCAGAGGCUUGUUUUUUGCUCUUGGGUGGCGGGAUUGUUGGUCAUAAUCCCCCCACUCAGCCUGGGGCUAAAUCUGAAAUUCUGUGACUCAAAUGUUGUUGAUCAUUUUCUCUGUGAUGCUUCUCCUCUCCUCAAGAUAUCAUGUUCAGACACCUGGUUCAUGGAACCAACUGUUUUCAUCUGUGCUGUGCUGACCCUCAUUUUGACUCUUAUGUGUGUGAUUCUAUCCUAUAUGUAUAUCAUGAAGACAAUUUUAGGAUUUCCAUCUGCCCAACAAAGAAGAAAGGCCUUUUCCACCUGUUCUUCCCACAUGACUGUGGUUUCCAUCACUUAUGGCACAUGCAUGUUCAUCUAUAUGAAUCCUACAGCCAAGGAAAAAGUGACUAUUAAUAAAGUGGCUUCACUACUCAUUUCUUCCAUUUCACCUACAUUAAAUCCAUUUAUUUAUACACUGAGAAAUAAGCAAGUGAAGAAAGCCUUCAAUGACUCGAUAAAAAGAAUUGCAUCAUUAUUUAAAAAGUAA